AUGCGCAGAAUAUAUGCGGACAAAACUGACGUUUCACUGAAACUCAGUAACAAGCUGAAAGUCGUGAACGUGUAAAUACAAUUGUAAAUAUCUCGAGAUAUUGAGAAUUAUAUUGCUAUGUCAACGUGUGCCUGUAGAGAAUAGAGUCAAAGUAACAAGAUGAUUGACCCAAGCUCAUCCGAGGAAGACAGUGAGGAUGAACACAGGAAGCAACCCUCUAAACUACCAGUGGUACCUCCAGGAUCGCUUGCUAGCGGAAGGCCAUCCGUCAGAGGCAAGCCGGACCUGCCACGUGGAUCAACUGCUGGCUUACCAGGAGCGGGACCGCUCACAGCAGCGCCGCUUGCUGCUCCCCUCCACCCAGCCACGAGGCAGAGGGAGGCCGCCGCCCUAGCGCCCCCACAGCACGCAUCGUUCUUGCGCAGGACAUCAACGGGGAGUGCGAGCUCGGGUGAGGCACCUGCGCCUUCCCCAAGCCCCUCCGGCACCAGCCACUCUGACAAGGACCAAGACCCACAGGAGAAGAUAGAAAAACUUGAAGAGGAUAAGAAACGUCGGCUUCAACUAUACGUUUUCGUGUCACGAUGUAUCGCCCACCCUUUCAAUGCAAAGCAGCCUACAGACAUGACAAGACGGCACACAAAGCUGACGCCACACCAGCUCGAAACUAUACAAGCCAGGUUUCAGGCAUUCCUGAAAGGAGAGACGCAGAUUUUAGCAGAUGAAGCGUUCCAGAACGCCGUGCAGUCUUACUACGAUGUGUUCCUCAAGUCGGAGAGGGUUGAACAAAUGGUCAAGUCUGGAGCGUGUUCUCAUCACGACUUUCGUGAAGUCUUCAGAAAUAAUAUUGAGAAACGUGUCAGGUCUUUGCCAGAAAUCGAUGGUCUUAGUAAAGAAACCGUUUUGACAACAUGGCUCGCUAAGUUAGACUGUAUCAUGAAAGGAACCGGUAUACCAGGAGACGACGAUUCGAAGAGACCGUCGCGUGCGCAACAACAAAGUCUUAACGCUGAAUGUAUACUGAGCAAGGAGCAACUGUACGACAUGUUUCAACAGAUCUUGGGGGUUAAGAAAUUUGAACAUCAAUUAUUAUUCAACGCUCUCUUAUUGGAUUCGGCCGAUGAACAAGCUGCCGCAAUAAGAAGAGAACUGGAUGGAAGAAUGCAAAAAGUUAAUGAAAUGGAAAAGAACCGCAAGUUGAUGCCCAAGUUCGUGCUGAAGGAGAUGGAAUCACUCUACAUCGAGGAACUGAAGUCAUCCAUCAAUCUGUUGAUGGCGAACCUGGAGUCGCUGCCCGUCUCGAAGGGCGGCGCAGACUCCAAAUAUGGUCUCCAUAAGAUCAAGCGGUAUAAUCACAGAUCAAAUGCUGGACCAGAUCCGAGUCCAAGGUUGAGUAAGCAGCUAUGUUUCAGAUCGCAAGGGUCUCUAGCGAACAAGUUGACUGGUGAAUCAGAUGGGGGCGAUGUUGACACACAGCUGACAAAAAUGGAUGUGGUUCUUACAUUCCAGAUAGAGGUGGUUGUUAUGGAAGUCAAGGGAUUAAAAUCCUUAGCUCCUAACAGAAUAGUCUACUGCACCAUGGAAGUUGAAGGGGGCGACAAGCUUCAAACCGAUCAGGCUGAAGCAUCAAAACCUAUGUGGGACACACAAGGGGAUUUUAGCACUACUCAACCACUACCAGCAGUAAAAGUGAAGCUGUAUACAGAAAAUCCUGGUGUUCUCGCCCUUGAAGAUAAAGAACUGGGCAAAGUGGUCCUUCGACCUACACCCUUAUCCAGCAAGGCCCCAGAAUGGCACCGCAUGACUGUACCAAAGAACUUACCGGAUCAAGAUCUCAGAAUCAAAAUUGCUUGUCGGAUGGACAAGCCGUUGAACAUGAAACACUGCGGCUACCUCCACGUGAUCGGCAAGAAUGUGUGGCGCAAAUGGAAACGACGGUACAUGGUUCUAGUACAAGUGAGCCAAUAUACUUUUGCUCUCUGCUCCUAUAAGGACAAAAAGUCUGAGCCUGCUGAGAUGAUGCAACUCGAUGGAUUCACUGUGGAUUAUAUUGAAUUGGCGAGCGCCCAGUUGAUGGUCGGACAAGAACUGGAGGGAGCGAAAUAUUUCAUGAACGCCGUGAGAGAUGGGGAGUCGGUGCUGAUGGGUGUGGGUGAUGAAAACGAAUGUCAUUUGUGGGUGAUGGCUUUGUACCGUGCCACGGGUCAGAGUCAUAAGCCAACACCGCCCACUACUUCUGAUACUCAUAUUAAGAUUAUGGGAGAUGCAGAUAAAGCGCGAAAACAUGGAAUGGAGGAUUACAUCCAAGCUGAUCCGUGUCAGUUCGAUCAUCACCAACUUUUCACUACACUGCAGUCACUGACGCUGAAGUAUCGUCUACAGGACCCUUACUGUUCCUUGGGUUGGUUCUCGCCGGGCCAAGUUUUUGUAUUAGACGAAUACUGCGCAAGAUAUGGAGUAAGAGGAUGCUACCGUCAUCUCUGCUACUUAUCCGAUUUGCUGGAUGUGGCUGAUAGUGGACAGCAAACUGUGGACCCUACACUCAUGCAUUACUCUUUCGCCUUCUGUGCUAGCCAUGUGCACGGAAAUAGUACUGCCACGUUGCCUGGCAGGCCAGAUGGAGUUGGCAGCAUUACAGUACUAGAGAAGGAGAAGUUUGCUGAGAUCAAAGAACGUCUAAAGACUCUGCUGCAGCAUCAGAUUACAAACUUCAGAUACGCAUUCCCGUUCGGACGACCUGAAGGCGCAUUAAAGGCGACCCUCUCGCUCCUAGAGCGGGUUAUGAUGAAGGACGUAGUGACUCCUGUGGCUCCUGAAGAUGUCCGUACUAUGAUUCAGACGAGCUUGGAGAAUGCAGCUCUCCUCAACUACACCACCUUAAGCCAGAAAGCUAACAUCGAGGAGGAUCUUCGUGGCGAAACAAUGGUGACACCAGCAAAGAAACUGGAAGAUCUCAUUCAUCUUGCUGAAAUCUGCGUUGACUUGCUCCAGCAGAAUGAAGAGCAUUACGCGGAGGUUUAUAACACAAAACCGGACUCUAGCGGUCAACAAAAUGCUUUUGCGUGGUUUUCGGAGCUACUCGUUGAACACGCGGAGAUUUUCUGGGCCUUGUUUGCUGUAGACAUGGAUCGCGUGCUAGCAGAACAACCUCCAGACACUUGGGACUCCUUCCCACUUUUCCAGAUCUUAAAUGAUUAUUUGAGGACAGAUGAAAAUUUGAGAAACGGCCGUUUCCAUGAACAUCUGCGUGAUACAUUUGCACCACUUGUUGUGCGCUACGUCGACCUCAUGGAAUCAUCCAUAGCUCAGUCUCUUCACAAGGGAUUCGAAAAAGAACGUUGGGAGAUCAAAGGAAACGGUUGCUCAACAAGCGAGGAGCUGUUCUGGAAGCUGGAUGCCUUGCAGUCUUUCAUCAGGGAUCUGCAUUGGCCUGAGCCAGAGUUCCGCUCCCACCUGGAGCAACGAUUGAAGUUAAUGGCCAGCGACAUGAUGGAAACAUGUAUUCAGAGGACUGAAGCUUCUUUUCAGGCAUGGUUAAAGAAAAGUGUGACAUUUAUGUCAACGGACUACAUCCUGCCGGCUGAAAUCUGCGCCAUGGUGAACGUGGCUCUGGACGCGAAGAAUCAAGCGCUAAAGCUUUGUGCGGUUGAAGGUGUCGAUAUCUACCAGUACCAUGCUAAAAUGGAUGCCCAGAUCGAGGCGUGUCUGCAUGCGAUGUCUACGGGUAUGACGAGCCGUCUGUCCGCCGUGCUGGAAGCUACUCUUGCUAAGAUCGCGCGUUUCGACGAGGGCAGUUUAAUAGGCUCAAUACUGACGAUUGCAAACGUUUCCGGUUCUGGGAAAGACAUUGGACAGGGCUAUGUGAACUUCAUGAGAAAUUCUAUGGACCAAAUCAGAUCUAAGGUGACAGAUGAGCUGUGGAUCCUGCAGCUCUUCGAACAUUGGUAUGGUGUUCAGAUUGGGCAUAUUUCGACGUGGCUUAAUGAGCGCCCAGCACUCCAUCCACAGCAGGUCGCCUGCCUUUCCAUCGUCCUUAAGAAAAUGUACAGUGACUUCGAGCUUCAAGGCGUUAUCGACGACAAGCUCAAUUCAAAGCCGUAUCAAGCCGUGGCAGCGCGAAUGCAUACGGAGGAGGCGACGUGUAGCUUGGUACUGGCUCAGCAAGACCAAGGGGGUGGCGAUGAUGGGGGUUCUGAGGAAGGUGCCCGAGGGGGAAAGUCUAAAUUGGAAUCUCUUACAGAAGACGCUAAGUUAGGAAACGUCGGCGCUGUAGUUGGCAAGGUUGGCAACAUGUUCGGGCGCGGUAUCGGCGAGUUGUCAACGAAAUUGGGCGGAGCAUCAUCAUGGUUUUAGCUUUGUGUUUAACAAUCGUUUAUCAUUACCGUAUUAUACUUUGCAUUUGUAUAUUUAAAAAUAUUAUGAACUGCUUUCUUUUAAAAUCUUACUGUGAUGACGCAAAAAUCUCUUUUUUCAAACGGUAAACUUAGUGUCCGCCAUUUCGUGAUCACGUGAGAAGAUGGCGUCUAAUAAAUAUAAGCGGCAAGCAUAGCUUAGUUUAAAAUAGUGUUAAAGAAGUUUAGAUUUUAUUUUAUAAAAAGCUUUAUGUACAGUUAGUGACAUUAUUCAUUUGGAGCGAGUAACAUGUAUUAGAUGUGUAUUUUAAGAUUAGUAUUUGAUAACGUGAUUGAUGUAAAGAAAAAUAUUAUAUAGAUAAAAAAUGUAAACUCUUGCUACAAUAAGGAAACAUAUCGCUUCGUGCAAGUAUUACGUAAAUGGAUGAGCAUAAAUAAAUUUUAUUUACUGAAACAUA